GGAAGGGGUCCGAAAGGGGCAGACACCUUUGGCCCCGGGGCAUCCCCGGAACGCGAGGGAAGAAAAGAGGAGAAUCGAGCCUGGGCUUGGGAAGAGGGAUGGCUGGGGAACAGUUAAAUAGCAUCUGCUUCCCAGGAAGCUCACGUGGGAGAACAUCUGUAAAGCCCGCUGCAAACCUUACAAAGCGUUAGAGGAACGUUUGCCUUCCUUUUUAUUACCAUUAUCACUUGUCACUCAAGCGCAGGGAGCUGAGUCUGCAGCUUUUGGACUAUGGGGUGUGUUUUUGACCUGAACUUAAUGGGAGAAGAGAUGGUUUGAAACAUGAAUUUCUACCUGUGUUUAGCUUCCCUGUGCUUGGGGAUAGUAGCUGCUAUUCCACAACUUGACCACACUUUAGAUGCUAAAUGGCACCAAUGGAAGGCAAAACAUAGAAGGACCUAUGCAGCGGAUGAAGAUGGUUGGAGGAGAGCAACAUGGGAGAAGAACUUGAGAAAGAUUGAAAUGCACAAUCGGGAGUAUAGUGCUGGCAAACAUAGUUUCCAGAUGGAAAUAAACAAGUUUGGUGAUAUGACCAAUGAAGAAUUCAGGCAAAUGAUGAAUGGCUUUAGACAAAACAGACUUCAAAGGAGGACCAAAGGAACUCUGUUUCGUUCCCCUCUCCUUUUACAGACCCCUAAAUCUGUAGACUGGAGAGACAAAGGCUAUGUAACUCCUGUUAAGAAUCAGGGUCAGUGUGGUUCCUGUUGGGCCUUUAGUGCAACUGGUUCCCUGGAAGGUCAGUGGUUCCAUAAAACAGGCCACCUUGUUCCCCUUAGUGAGCAGAAUUUGGUUGACUGCUCUAGAGCUGAAGGCAACAAUGGUUGUAUGGGCGGCUUGAUGGAUCUUGCCUUUGAAUAUGUGAAGAAAAAUGGAGGCAUUGAUACAGAGGAGUCAUAUCCCUACGAUGGAACGGAUAGCACUUGUCGGUACAGGCCAGAAUGCUCAGGUGCUAAUGUCACAGGAUUUGUAGACAUCCCAAAGGGAAAGGAGGAGUCACUCAGAAAUGCUGUGGCAACUGUGGGUCCCAUCUCUGUUGCAGUUGAUGCAGGACAUGCAUCCUUCCAGUUCUAUCGGUCUGGUAUUUAUUAUGAACCACAAUGCAGCAGUGAACAACUAGAUCAUGGUGUGCUGGUUGUGGGCUAUGGUGUCGAGGGAAAAAAUGGAAAGAAAUACUGGAUUGUCAAGAACAGCUGGGGUGAGGAGUGGGGUGACCGAGGGUACGUUUUAAUGGCCAGGGACCAUAAUAACCACUGUGGAAUAGCAACAGCAGCCAGCUACCCUCAAGUGUGACUUGACUGAAGGAGGACUGCUUCACAGAAAGAAGUGAUCUGACCUGUGUAUCAUUUGGGAUAAAACAUCUGAAUCACCCAGGGGAACCAAGCAAGAAUUUGGGUUUCUUGUGACAUUUUUACAUUUGUGAAAUAUGUACACUACUUUGUUAUAAAUAGCUUCUAAUACUGCUUAAUUCCAGACACAAAUGUUCAUUUUAAAAUUGUAUGUAUAAAGCCUUACCUUUUUAAAUAAACCUCAAUUUGUUAUAUGUGACCUUGAUUUAAUGCAAAUCAGUCAAUCUGGGUGUGGUUCUGGAAUUACUUGAGUCCCUUGAAAAGCAAAACAUGGGAGAGGAUAUGUCCAAUUUUCAGGAGCUAUUAGUAAUCAAUGGACCCAGUCAAUCAGUCAGCCAAACAGCAUUUUUUAAGCAAGAGCUUAUUAUUUGCUAGGCCCAGUAACUUAGUUCCUCCUAGGCAUGGCUUUUUAUGUGUCCAAUGAUUAGAGAAUAGCAAACCAAUUAUGGCAUAUAAAUGUAAUGAAUUCUUGUCCCAUAAGGAAUGAAGAUAUAAGGAAUUCAGUCAAUUGUGCUAAGACUUGAUGCAGACAAAGUCCAUAGGGUUCCCUGGAGACAUUUUCACUGGGUAUUUCUUUAAAAUACACACACACAUAUCACACAAGUAUGACAAGUUGCUUAUUCUAAAAUGGAAAAUAUUUUAUUUGUGAUUAAAUCCUGUGAGGUUU